GCAGCAGAAGCAUUCCCGCCAUCCCCGAAUCCGUCGGACUGCGUCGCCGUGACGUCGAGAUCGACAGGCGUUGCGGAAUGCGGAAUAUCAUUCACCUUGACUAGGCCCCCGUGUUCUUCUCGCCGCAUACUUAAGUCUACGUCGGCUUUCCUUUAUUCUCAUCCAUCUCUCCACCAUGCUCGCCACCAUCGCCCUGCUCCCGCCGAUCCUGGCCCUCCUUGCCGCCGCCGCUCCCUCGCCCACCGUGCCCCCGCGGUCGACCAUCAAGUGGGCGGGCGCGCCGGGCCUCUUCUUCGAGUUCGAACAGAUCUUCACUUCUCCAAUCUACACGCCGACGCCGAUCCAGAACGGCAUCAAGCCCUACUUUUUCUGCCGCGCGUGGCAGAUCAGCGGCCAAAUCGCCGUGACGGGCACGCUGGGCGAGCCGCCGGGAAACGGUGCGCGCGUGCACAUGUGGGACUGUUACGACGGCCUCACGCAGCAGCAGUGGGUUGUGGAGGGGAGCCAGAUCCGGCUCCGAAAUUAUGAUCUCUGUUUAGAUGUCCCGGACGGUCAGCCUGGUCGAAACUUCGUCCAGGUUUGGGAGUGUGGAUUGUGGCUCCUAUCUGAUCUCCGAUCUGGAGGCCAGGCAGCAUGGCUUCAACAGGCUGCAACGCGAUAAACGGACGAUGUUUGCGAGCAAUGGUUGUGGACAUUGAAUUGAGGACGCGAUGUAGGAGUCUAUGGAGCAUAAAUUCGCAGCUGGACGUCUCCUUGUCCGAGAGCUCGAUAUGUAUUG